AGUUGGCGCCUGAAGACCCGUAUGCGGUUAGCUAGCACGCUAACCGAAACUAUGAAAGAUUUGAUAGUGUAAUGGUUUUUCAAACCAUCGUCAUUGAAGAAUUCCAAAAUGAACGACAUGGAAUUCAGCGUCCCCCUGUCCUCACUGGCACUCCUGGUCCCACCACUACGACUGAUGUCAGCUGUGAUGUGGGAAGUGGUACGCCAGCGGAACAUAAAGCACUAUGGGAAACUGGAGGAGUUUGUGUCCAUGGUAACGGAUGCAGUUCCUGAACUGAUGAGUAAAAGAGAAGGGAGGCUGCUCUCACUGGGCCUGAGAGCAAGGACAACUCUUGAACUGUUGCGUUCUGAACAUCCUGAAGAUCUCAAGGCUGUUGAGACCCAUCUUAACAGAAUCCGAUCUUCUUGCAUUGAGGAGACAAAUGAUCCUGUAAUUGAAGCACCAGAGGCAAACUUCAUGAAGCUCGUACAAGGCCUCAUUGAGGAUACUGAUGGCAGAGAACAUUUCCUCAAGAAUGUGUUUCCUGUGGAGUAUGGCCCUGACUUCGACACAGCACUGGAGACUUUAGUUUGUGAAUUCUUCACAAGGCUUGAGGAGCUGCUGCCAAUACCAGAUUUCAAACAGACUGCUUCUUGGAUCAGUGCUGCCCCCUCUGUCCUAGAGGAGUACAUGCAGUGCGUCUCAAACGGAGACGACCUAAAAUUUCUUCUCCAAAGCAAACAGUGCCAUGGGAAACUGGCAAAGAGUAGUGUUGCUCCGUUUCAGUCAGACGAUCUUCUCAUUCCCUCUUUGUCUCUCCCUCCAUCGCUGGAAGUGGCCAUCGCUUCCCACCCGAGUGCUUGUGAUGAUGAAAAUAAUGACGUUCCUCAGAUUGUUAUGUUUGACGAAGAACUGUCUACAAACCCUUCCACCUCAACUGACUUUCCCGAAUCACCCAAAAGGACUGACAUCUCGUCGUCUCCGCGCAGGAGACAGCAGUCAGGGAUGCAUAAAUGCCCCGAGUGUGACAAAUGCUUCAAGCAUCACUCUGUCCUCAUCGAACACCAGAGAGUUCACACCGGGCUGCAGCCGUACAACUGCUCUGAGUGUGGGAGGGCUUUCAGAACAGCCACUCUGUUGGCCGGUCACAGGCUGCGGAAAUGCAAAAAUGCUGCAUAUCUGUGUAUUAAAUGUGGGAACAGUUUUCCAACCUCGCUGGACAAAUUCAGACACCACUGCCCAAAACGUGGUCGUAAUUACGACUGUGGGCACUGUGGAAAGAGUUUUCAGAAGUCUAGCAGCUUGAAGGAACACCUGCUAACUCAUGUUCAAAGCCGCCUUUUCAAAUGCAGCCAUUGUGGCGUUGGUUUUUCAGGAAUUGGUGACCUGAAGUAUCAUCAGCAAGUAGAUCAUGAUAAGCCAUACCACUGUAAGCAAUGUGGAAAGAGCUUCAUCUCCUCCAAGUGUCUGACCAAACAUCAACAACGGCAUCAAGAGGUUGGUGAGAUGGAGACGGCCAAAUUGAUGAGUGGAGGUAAACACAGGAAAAGUGUCUCAGCUCAUCGGACAUCUUCAUCGUCUCUGUCGUCCAGGAAGACCUCUGUGAAGGCUGUCUACCCUCGUGGACGAGUCACCCACAACUGUCCGCUGUGCGGAAGGAGCUUUAAAUAUCGCUUUGAAUUUCUCGAACACCAGAGGUUCCACACUGCAGUGAAGCCUUACAAAUGCUCUCAGUGUGGCAAAGCCUUCCGCACAGAGGCUCACCUGUCCGGCCACAGGAAGAGAAAGUGUAAAAACGCUGCCCACAUUUGCACCAAGUGUGGGUGUCAGUUCAGGUCUCUCCAUGAACGUGUCAGACACCAGUGUGUGCAGCUGCUGACAAAAUACGAGUGUUCUCAUUGCGGAAAGACCUUCAAGAUGGCCCACCUGCUCAGAAACCAUCAGAUGAGUGAACAUCAGCUUCCCUACAGCCCCAACCAUCGCUUCAGGUGCAGAUACUGUGAUGAGACUUUCCCUGGGAUCAGUGAGCUCAAGUACCAUCAGAGAGUUGACCAUGAGAAACCCUAUCAGUGUCAGGAAUGUGGCAAGUGUUUCUUGUCUGAAAAAUGCCUAGCCAAUCACGAGCUGCGCCACAACGACGACAGGCCAGAGAGCUGUCUUGUCUGUGGCCGCGGCUUCAGGAACCGCUACGACUUGAAGCAGCACAUGCGCACUCACACAGGAGAGCGACCGUACCAGUGCACUCACUGUUCACAGUGUUUCUCCACAGCAGGAGGACUGAGGAGUCACACCAGGGUCCACACGGGCGAGAAGCCACACGUCUGCCCAGAUUGUGGGAAGGCUUUCUCCCAGAUGGGCGCAAUGCGCACCCACAGGCUCACCCACACAGGAGAGAGGCCAUUCAAGUGCACGGUGUGUGGCAAAGGUUUCACAAUGGCACACAAGGUAACAGUUCACAUGCGUGUUCAUACUGGAGAGCGGCCGUACGUGUGCUCUCAGUGUGGGAAAGCCUUCUCAGAUGGAAGUGUGCUGAAGCAGCACAUGUUGAACCACUCAGGAGUGAGACCAUACCACUGCCAGAUCUGUCCCAAGACCUACACCUGUCUGAACCACCUGAGGAGGCACCUGAAAAGCCACUCGAACUUGAACUGAGUCAGACAGACCUGAAGGCAGACUGGAGCAGAGUCUAACAACAUUUUACAAAUAUACUGAAACACUGCCUUGGACAGAGUGGCUACUACUAAAAGUGCAACGUACUAACUAAACCAAGCAAUACAUGAAGGAAUAUAGAAUGAUGCUGUACGGUCACUGCUAGAAGUGGGGUGAAAAGUUUCAUUUACUCUUCAUUGUAAAUUAAAUGUAAUCAUAACAUCCAUUUGUCAAGGACUUUGACAUCCAGCACAAAGAAAUGGCUCUUCUCCCUCAUUCCUCACCAGGCUAUUCCUUUUUUUUUCUUACAUCAGUUUCUUCUGCAUGAAUGCAUUUGGAUGUUAAAUAUUAUUUGGUUGAGAUGCUGUGUGUUCAGAACAGAAGCUGUAAUAUUGGUGAAAAUAUAUUUUUGGAAAGGCCUCAAAAGUAACAAGUGAAUUUUUUUUUUUU